AUGAAUUUUUGCUUUUGGAUCUGCUGCUCCCUAUUUAUAUUUCAAUGUUUGGGAACUGAAGAACGAAACUUUCGAGUUUUUAUUGACCAAGUUAACAUUACUCAUGUCGAUCCAGAUGUGUAUGAAACAUUUUAUUGCAAGGUGUUUCAGUUUAACAAUCGCAGUUACAUGGACUCGGGUCAUAUUUUUAAAAAUACCGUCUCAGAUUUAAAAGUUCAUGCCGCACUUGAUUUUUGGAAGGUAAAAAGUAAACAAAAAAUGACACUAUACGAUGUUCGGUUCGAUGGAUGUAAUUUCUUGGAGAAUGCUAGCAAAAAUCGAUUGUUUAAUGUUUUUGGAACAAGUUUGAAAAAACAUUCUAAUAUAAAAUUUAAGUGUCCCUUUCAAGGUAAUAUUAGCUAUGAAGUGAGAAACAUGACGAUGGAUGAGCAAGACUUCCCUUCGUUUGUACCGCUUGGAAAAUUUCGAUCCCUCAUUGAAUAUAUAAUAAAUCAGAGAUUGAGUGCCCGAGUCAUUGCAAGCGGAAAAAUUAUCCCAUAUUCAGCUGAUCAAUUUUAG